AUGAUAGAAGAUGAAUGGAAGACCACCAACCAAGCUCGAUUUGAGCAUCGCCGUGACCUGUUCCCGGUGGUGCAACGGGUUAUCAACUUUAGUCUCAGCCUGCCGCUGUACUAUGGUGAUAGGAAAGAUGCCUUCACAUUCAGCACGCAUCUUGACGGCAUUAUCAAGAGCCUCUUCGUCAAGCCCAUCCCCGUCUAG